GCGCAAACAUCAACAACCUCAAUUUACAGCAUAUCAAGCCCACGAUCUCUCUCUCAACCCAGGAUUCUAGUUUACCUUCAACCAGUUAAUAGACAGCAUCUCCAAAAAUGAAUUCGCAAAACCCCUCCGUUCUUCUUUCUUCUUCCGUAGCUUCUCUACGAGCCUCUCUAAGUACCCUAGAUAACAGUAUUUCCAUCCUCGAUUCCGGUAUCUCUGAUUUUCCCCGCCUGAAAACCGUUUUGAGUACCACAAGACACUUCGAACUCACCCCCUCCACCACCCUCAACGCAGCCCAGCGUUCCCUAGCCGAAGAACUCGAGCCCGCGAUCGAAACCCUCCUUUCCCGAUCCGAAUCUCUCAUUUCCCGUCUCCAGCGCAAAGAAGAACAACUGAUCGCGCGUUCCCAACUUCUCUCCGGACGUCUCGAAUCUUCCGAUUCCAUGUCCAACCCGGCAUCCAAAGCCAGCAAGCUAAGUCGCAAAAAGAGCUGGGAAUUGGGCUUGAAUAAAAUGAACAAGAGUCCCUUUGGGAGUGGAGGGGGGAAUGAGGAGAAAGCAAUGAGAUUAAAGGUUUUGAGGCAGAAGAAGGAGAGAUUGGGCUAUGCGGUUGAGAGAUUGGGAUUGCAGAGUCAGCAGAGGCAAAGGCAGUUGAGGAUGAGCGUGGCGCCGCCGUCGUUUGAUGACGAGUGAUUUACAGACAUUAUGCAUGAGUCGAUGCAGAAAAGGGAGCACAUCGUUGAUCGCAAGCUUUCUACUACGCUACCAUGGCACAGAUCGACAAUUGGAUAUCAAUGGGUUUGGAGAGCUAGUCCUGUUAGAGUUCAUUGAUACGUCUGAUCGUUAGCCCUUGCCAUGACUUGGGUGGAAGGAUUAUAGCCAGAUCCAAGCCAAAAUUGUCAUGACAAUUCACCCCAAGCCAUCACAUGGGCCAGAUACGAGAGUGUAGACCAUCGAGGAAUCCGGCUCCUUUCAGAAGAAUAGUCUCAGGCGCCGUAGGGAGGUGUGCAACCCGGCGUUUUGUACAUGAUGUAUGAUGAUGAUGAUGAUGAUGAUGUUGAUGGAAUGCGGAUAUACCCAGAAUUUUAAAUAUAGCAAUGAAGAUACAAAUUCUUAGCGAGUAGUCA